AAUUUUUAUAACAUAGGAAGAAAGACUCUAAUUAGACUACAACCUUCACAAUUUUCUUGGAAAUGAGGAGUUUAAUAUGCAUUCUUCAACCUUAGCAAUAGGGAGGAUUCAACCUUAAGACCUCAAGAUUAAAAAAAAUGAAUCCUCAACCAAUUAUAAACCUUACUUGGUAAAACAACAAAAGAUAUUGACUACGGAUCUCGUCCAUGUUUCUCAUACCAAAUGGUAUCAAGACUAUCAACCUUGUGUCCAACUUUUAAUAUGGCGUCUUCAUAUUAAUACAUGCUACUAAUAAAGACUCUCCACUUAGAAAGGUUACACUCCAUUCGAUAGAAUACUGAAACUUAAACUAGAGAAAGAAAGGAAUCUACUUCUUUUAUCCAUCCUUCGUUUGUACUCAUUUACUUCCCAGGUGCUGAUGUGCAUGUAAUAAAUUACUCCCUUCAUUCCCGAAUAAAAACCUAAUUUUUCCAAAAAUUAUUGUCCCUAAUUAAAAACUCGUCUUUCAUAUGGGUGAGAUCCGUCAUCCACUAACUUCUAUUCUUUAAUCAAUUUAAAUCAACAAAAUCAUGAAAUCUCACUAUAGUUUCUCUCAUUUCCCCAAAAAACAAUAAACUAUUCUCACUGUCAUUUAUUUAUUCAACUUUAAUCAACGAUUCCUUGCCAAAAUUCCUCUCCUAAAACUUUCGUUUCUAUGAAAAAAGGAAUUUUUUUUUCACAAACAGAGGUAAUAUUUUCAUUUUGUGCAUUAAAGCUUUAGUAAGACAAAAUAUAUAAACCCACAUUACCUACUGGAAACUAGCAGCCUAGAACUACCUCUAUUGGUACUCAAUCGGCACAUUAUCAAUUCAAAUAAGCCAACAAGAAGUAGAUGAUUUCGGACAGCAGGAUUAACAAAACAAAAUAUUCAUAAACAAAAUCAACAGCUAAUUAGUUAUAUAUAAAACUACUUUUAAGUAUUACCAAAUUUAGAAAGAAAGCAUUGAAGAUGCUCUAGAUGAGGACAAACUGGUUUUCUUUUAGAGGCUAACUUGAGACAAAAGCAAAAGCUGGAGUGCUGGAUGGUAACCCUCUACGGGAUGUCAUCUACCAUGAAGUACAGAAUCAAUCCUAAAUCCCUAUCAAGUUCCAUGAUUUUGAUCUCGUGAUGUUUCCUUCCAGAUUGGGUCACCUCUUUUGUCUGAGCACUAAUUAAGUUGUAUUAGUCUGUCUCACUCUAUCUCCCAAUCUAAUGGCCCAAAAACUAUCCUGUAUAUAUAAAUAAGACUGUUUAAUCUCCAAAAUAUCACACCAAUCACCAUCAAUACAUCACUCAAGAAGCCAUCUAAAAAAAAGACAGGGCAAUCAGUGAGGCAGAGAAAGAGAAAUGGCAGAUUGGGGACCAGUGGUGGUUGCGUUGGUUCUGUUUAUUCUGUUGACACCGGGACUGCUGUUUCAGCUGCCCGGGAAGAGCAGAGUAGUGGAGUUUGGAAGCUUGCAGACCAGUGGGAUGUCAAUAAUAGUCCACACCGUCAUCUACUUCUGCCUCAUCACCAUUUUCCUAAUUGCUGUUGGCGUCCAUAUAUACACCAACUAGUUCUCACUCCUAUGCUGAGAUUUUCAUGUUUCAACUGUCUGCUAUUUUGAUUUGUCAUUUAUUGGUUUGUUGAUAUUCAAAUCCAUUACUUUAGGGAUGUUUGGCACUCCUAAAAUGUAAUCCUUUUAAGAUGUUUAAUGAUAUAACAAUUUCUAUACUAUAGACUACUGAGAAAUACUGUGAUCUUUAACAUUCGCACAAUUGCAACAAAGCAUAAACUACACAGUAAUGCUCGACAAGAAGAGGUAUGAACUAACAAACAGCAAAUCACAAACUAUCACGACAACAAUAAAGAUUUUGCACUCUGUAGAUUGAUGCAAUUGACCUAAAGUUUGUGUUAACAAAUAACACCCUUGGUAAUAGCAAUAGCAUAAUAGCAUAUAUAAGCCUGAUACUAUUAACUGUUUACAAAUCAGCCAGGUAGACGCGUAAAACAUUAAAACAUAGCAUUUUUACAUAUAUAAUUGUGAAAGUAUUUUAAGCAGAACAACAAAAGCAUACUUGACAUAUUCAGAGGAAAAGGAGAUUCUACUCUGUUUUUUUAAUAUAGUUAGGGGAUUCAGAGAAGUUUGUUCAAACUGUAAUAGAGGGGCAAAAAAAAAAAAAAAAGAGGAGACCAAUUUGUUCAGAGUAACAAAACCUUUCACCUAAGAAAAAUAAAAACUAAGUCUGAUCUAGCCAAAUAAUGAAUCUAAAUUGACCGUAGAAAAUAAAAAAUUAAAUAAGACAAAAAAAAAAAAAAAAAAAAAAAAAAAAAAAAAAAAAAAGUAAAAGUAAAGGAAAUCAAACCAAUUUUAAGAAAUGUUACUAUAGAGAAAAUGCAUUAUAGUAUAAAGUAGCAAUAUGCAAAUAAAAUUAGUAGUUCGUUUUUAAUAUCUUAAAACUAAUACUAUAGAUAUUUCCUAGCACUUGUGGUGUUGUAAUAAAAAAAAAGUUGGACAAAUCAAACCUUAAAACAUAAGAAAAAGAGAUGGGUUUUUUUUACCUUUCAACUUAAGGGUUUGUGCCAAAUUGUGUUCACUUACGUUGAAAAGGUCAAAAGGAAACUAGUCAAACUACAACACACACACGCACGCAAUCUGGUCAAACCCUCAAAAGAAAUCAAGGCCGUUCAAGGUACUUCAAACCCCCAAAAAAAAUAACAUAAAAAAAAAUUUAUUUUAGAAAAAUAUAAAUAAUAUAGAAUGAAAAAUGGUGCUAGAGUUGAACCCAUGUAUUUCCAUAGACCAUUUCUUCCUGAUCUAGUUAUCCCUUCUUAAUAGAACAGAAACCACUGCAUCCAGAGAAAUCCAAGAUUACAGAACAAAUGGCACUUUGGGCAGUAUCCUUGGUGGUGCUGGCAUUUGUAUUGAGCGUAGUGCUAUCACCAGGAAUGGAAUUCCAGCUACCAGGUAAUAGUUCUCAGUGAAAUUCAAAACGAGGCACAAUUGUUCUCUCUAUUUUUUUUAUUCCACUUUUCUUUCUCGCUCUCAUCGCCAUUUUAUUACAGUAGCAUAUGACCAGGAAACUAAGAGUCCAAGACACAUAGCAUCUGAUUGUAUUUGCUAUUCUUUUGGUCUGAAAGCCCCGUCUAGUAGUUAGAAAUAUGGCUAUAAAAUUGGGUGUAUUUUUUUUUUUUUUUGGUCUAAAGUAAUUAAUUUAUGUUGUUCAUAUGCAGACCCCCUCAUCUGUCUGCUCAUCUGCAGUGGACCUUGGUGCUAACUUCUUAUUUCAUUUGUAAGUGUCUAGUAUCUCUGUAUCUCAAAUGCCAGGUCAAGUAAGCACAAAAAGUGAAGAAUUUUGGGGCUACGAGAGCAGCUGAAGUGUGACUUUUACUACGAGGAUGAAAAGGAACUGUGAACCAUGUAAAUCAAUUCUGUAUGUUUUUUUUUUUUUUUUUU